AUGGAGGUGGAUGCAGACGAGAAGCGCCAUCGCACACGCUCCAAAGGUGUUCGAGUUCCCGUGGAACCAGCCAUACAAGAGCUGUUCAGCUGUCCCACGCCUGGCUGUGAUGGCAGUGGUCAUGUUAGUGGCAAAUAUGCAAGGCACAGAAGUGUUUAUGGCUGUCCUUUGGCAAAAAAAAGAAAAACACAAGAUAAGCAACCCCAAGAACCAGCCCCCAAAAGAAAACCCUUUGUGGUUAAAGCAGACAACUCUUCGGUAGAUGAGUGCUAUGAAACUGAUGGAACAGAGGAGAUGGAUGAAAAGGAAGAGGAAGAAGAGGAAGAGGAUGAAGAAGAGGAGGAAUAUUCUGAUGAUAAUGAGGAGCAAGGUGAUGAGGAGGAGGAUGAUGAGGAGAUAGAUCGAGAAGAAGAAGAGGAGAUUGAAGAGGAAGAAGAGGAGGAUGAAGAGGAAGGUGAAGAUGUGGAGGAUGAAGAGGAGGAGGAGGAAGAGGAGGAGGAAGAAGAGGAGGAGGAGGAAGAACAAGACCAUCAAAUGAAUUGUCACAAUACUCGAAUAAUGCAAGACACAGAAAAAGACGAUAACAAUAAUGAUGAGUAUGAUAAUUACGAUGAACUGGUGGCCAAGUCAUUGUUAAAUCUUGGCAAAAUUGCAGAGGAUGCAGCAUACAGAGCCAGGACAGAAUCAGAAAUGAACAGCAAUACAUCUAAUAGUCUGGAAGAUGAUAGUGACAAAAAUGAAAAUAUUGGUCGGAAAAGUGAGCUGAGUUUAGAUUUAGACAGUGAUGUUGUUAGGGAAACAGUGGACUCCCUUAAAUUAUUAGCACAAGGACAUGGUGUAGUGCUUUCAGAAAACAUUAAUGACAGAAAUUAUGCAGACAAUACUUCACAGCAAGAUAAUAGGAAUAUGAACUUUGUAAUGCUAGGGAAGCCUGUGAACAAUGGACUUACAGAAAAAAUGGUGGAGGAGAGUGAUGAAGAGGUGUGUCUCAGCAGUUUGGAGUGCUUAAGGAACCAGUGUUUUGAUCUGGCUAGGAAACUCAGUGAGACAAACCCACAGGAAAGAAAUCAACAGCAAAACAUGAACACUCGUCAGCAUGUCAGGCAAGAAGAUGACUUCCAAGGAAGAACACCAGACCGGAAUUACUCUGAUAUGAUGAACCUAAUGAGGCUUGAAGAACAGUUGAGCCCCAGAUCUAGGACUUUUUCUAGCUGUGCAAAGGAGGAUGGUUGUCAUGAAAGAGACGAUGAUACCACCUCUAUUACUUCAGAUAGGUCUGAAGAAGUGUUUGAUAUGACAAAAGGUAACUUAACCCUGCUUGAGAAAGCAAUUGCUUUGGAAACUGAGAGAGCAAAAGCCAUGAGAGAAAAAAUGGCAGUGGAAGCUGGAAGGAGGGAUAAUAUGAGAUCAUUUGAGGAACAGUCUCCAAGACACCUUUCUGGAGAUGACAGGAAGCCUAAACCCAGUGACGGCCAUGUCAAAAAGCCAUAUUAUGGUAAAGAUCCCUCAAGAACAGAAAAGAAAGAGAGCAAAUGUCCUACCCCUGGGUGUGAUGGAACUGGCCAUGUAACGGGGCUUUACCCCCAUCACCGCAGUUUGUCAGGAUGCCCACACAAAGAUAGGGUCCCUCCAGAAAUUCUUGCCAUGCAUGAAAAUGUUCUUAAGUGUCCUACACCAGGCUGCACAGGCCGGGGCCACGUAAAUAGCAACAGGAAUUCCCACAGAAGCCUCUCUGGAUGUCCUAUUGCUGCAGCAGAGAAACUGGCUAAAGCUCAAGAGAAGCAUCAGAACUGUGAUGUGUCAAAAUCAAACCAGGCAUCAGAUCGGGUUUUAAGGCCCAUGUGCUUUGUUAAGCAAUUGGAGAUCCCUCAGUAUGGCUACAGAAACAAUGUCCCCACCACCACACCCCGCUCCAACUUGGCCAAGGAACUAGAGAAAUACUCUAAGACUACGUUUGAAUAUAACAGUUAUGACAACCAUGCCUAUGGCAAGAGAGCCAUAGCUCCCAAGGUGCAAUCCAGGGAUAUAUCCCCCAAAGGAUAUGAUGCUAAACGCUACUGUAAGAAUUCAAGUCCAACCAGCAGCACAACAAGCAGUUAUGCCCCUAGCAGCAGCAGCAAUAUGAGUUGUGGUGGAGGCAGCAGUGCCAGCAGUACCUGCAGCAAGAGCAGCUUUGACUAUACUCAUGACAUGGAGGCAGCGCACAUGGCUGCUACUGCUAUUCUGAAUCUCUCCACUCGCUGCAGGGAGAUGCCUCAGAACCUCUCCACUAAGCCUCAGGAUCUCUGUGCGAGGAAUCCUGAUAUGGAAGUCGAUGAAAAUGGGACGUUGGAUCUGAGCAUGAACAAGCAGAGGCAGCGAGAUGGUUGCUGUACCAUUUUGACACCACUGGAGCCAAUGUCCCCACAACGGCAAGCCGUGAUGAAUAACCGGUGUUACCAACUGAACGAGGGUGACUGCUGGGACUUGCCAGUGGACUACACUAAAAUGAAGCCCAGUAGGAUAGAUGAAGAUGAUUCCAAAGAGAUUAAUCCAGAAGAUUUGGAUCCUUUCCAAGAGGCGCUUGAAGAAAGAAGGUAUCCUGGUGAAGUUACAAUCCCAAGUCCUAAACCCAAAUACCCUCAAUGCAAAGAGAGCAAAAAGGAUUUAAUAACUUUAUCUGGCUGUCCCUUGGCUGACAAAAGCAUUCGAAGUAUGCUGGCCACAAGCUCACAAGAACUCAAGUGUCCCACCCCUGGGUGUGAUGGCUCUGGGCAUAUUACUGGAAAUUAUGCUUCACAUCGAAGUCUUUCAGGCUGUCCGCGAGCAAAGAAAAGUGGAAUCAGGAUAGCACAAAGCAAGGAAGACAAAGAAGACCAAGAGCCAAUUAGAUGUCCAGUUCCUGGUUGUGAUGGUCAGGGUCAUAUAACUGGAAAAUAUGCAUCCCAUCGCAGUGCGUCAGGGUGUCCUCUAGCUGCCAAAAGGCAAAAGGAUGGGUACCUAAAUGGCUCACAGUUCUCUUGGAAGUCAGUGAAGACGGAAGGAAUGUCAUGUCCAACCCCAGGAUGUGAUGGCUCAGGACACGUCAGUGGUAGUUUUCUUACUCAUCGUAGUUUAUCAGGAUGCCCCAGAGCUACUUCAGCAAUGAAGAAGGCAAAGCUGUCUGGAGAACAAAUGCUAACAAUAAAGCAGCGGGCCAGUAAUGGUAUAGAAAAUGAUGAAGAAAUUAAACAGUUAGAUGAAGAAAUCAAAGAACUAAAUGAAUCCAACUCCCAGAUGGAAGCUGAUAUGAUUAAACUCAGAACUCAGAUUACCACAAUGGAGAGCAACCUGAAGACGAUAGAAGAGGAGAACAAAGUAAUUGAACAGCAAAAUGAGUCUCUUCUUCAUGAAUUGGCCAAUUUAAGCCAGUCUUUAAUUCAUAGUCUAGCUAAUAUCCAGCUGCCACAUAUGGAACCAAUCAAUGAACAAAAUUUUGAUGCUUACGUGACCACUUUGACGGACAUGUAUACAAAUCAAGAUCGUUAUCAGAGUCCAGAAAAUAAAGCCCUACUGGAAAAUAUAAAGCAGGCUGUGAGAGGAAUUCAGGUCUGA